UCUAUUGAUGAUUCUUCAAUUGCCAAGCAUCUUUUCAUUGAAUCAACCACAAUGGAGACCUUGUAUUGAAUUAAAGCGGGAUCUUGUAGUACCUUGCAAAUGUGCUAUAUCUGCAGAUUAUCCACGAUCGAUUGAGAUGAACUGCGAUCGCGUGAUUUUUACGCAUGAUACUAUUAACAUUUUGCGCAGUCAACCAAUAGUAUCAAUUAGUCAGAGAAAUUGCGGCUAUCGGAUUUUACCAGCAGAUCUCAUUAAUUCUGAUUUGAAUCUUAGAAAGCUUGAUCUGUCAUGUAACUCAAUUUAUCGUCUAAUGGAUCACGUGCUACAUGUGCAAAGAAAACUGCGUGAACUACGACUCGCUGAUAAUUUCUUAGGCGACAACUUGAAUCCGAUAUUCUCCAGCAACGAGUUUCACAGCAUGGAGGAACUUGAGAUUCUCGAUCUCAGUAGAAAUAGUCUUAGAAAUAUUGAGGAAGGAAUUUUGAAAGGAUGCACCAAUUUGGAAGAGCUAUAUCUCGACGGCAAUAAUUUGACAACAGUGCCCACCACUUCUUUAAAAGGACCACGUGCAAUCAAAGUACUAUCUUUAGCAGGCAACAAUAUCGAAAACUUCUUCACUUCUGAAGACUGAUGCUAAUGACGGUGAGUCAGCGAAGAGGUCCAGAUGCUCGCAUCCCGCGAUUUUAUAAUAGUAAGCUUCCAGAUCGUUCCUGAUUUUUCUGACAAAAGACGGAGGAAAUGAUAAAAUAAACUGAACAAUUGGAAAACUUAUUGUUCUUUAAAGUCCUUGUUGUUUUCUUUUGAAAUUGUUAUUUGUACAGUGUCUGGGCACGCCAGACAUGUACUCACGAUUGAGCAUUGCGCUUGUUAUAUAGCUGAAUAUGCCAUAUGAUAGAUAGACUUAUUGGCGUACGCGGCGCAAGCGCUUUGAGUGCUUGCAAUUUGCGCCAUAAUUAUGAAAUUAUUAUGCGAACCCAAUAUGCCAUUCUGCUGAUAAUGAGGACAUCCAUAUUCGAAUAGCGAACUAGUGAAUCAGAAUCAAAAUGGAUUUUUGAGCAUUUUUUAUAAUUUUUUUGUGGUUUUGCAUAUGAUCUGUAUAUGUAUCUUUAUCUUUUAAAAUAGAUAUUACGCGCACUAUUUAUUUUUUAACAUCAUAUAUUUUUUAAUUAAAUAUAAAAAGAAUUCUAUCAAUUUGUAUUGAAUUAUGUACGUACGUCUAUUGCAUUAUUAUUUUGGCAACUUUCAUGUGACAAAAAACAAUU